AUGGAUGCAGGUGAGGAGAUGUAUGCUGAUCAACUGGAUCUGCAGGUCUACCAUCUCGGAUUCACUUCUGAGGAGGGGGACCAAGACCUAGAAUCCCAGGCUGUAACUCGACUAUUCGAAGACUCUCCAGUGAGUGACGUCACAUCCGGGUCACCGUGGGACGAGAUCGCGGCUAUGUUAACACCAUGCCAGACGGUCAACGAGUCUUUGGACUCGGGAAUUGGAUCCAGCGCAGAACUAUCGAUCAAGCUGCCAUCAAGAAGACGUCACAGAAGUAUCCGAUCAGGUGACGUCAAGAGAAGUUUGUUCUCUGGCAAGCGUCCAGCGGACAGCGAGGUGGACGACUCCCCGGCUGUGAAAAAGGUCAGAGGCGAAGAUAUCCAGACGAUCGAGAAAGACAUCAUCCACGCAGUGGAACGUCUCGAAACGUGUGACCUGGUGGCCGACGGCUCACGAGACUACACGCUUCCAACAAUCCCAGGCAAGCACAGCGACCUCAAAUCCAUCAGCACGGACACCAUGGCAAAUGUACUGGCAGGCAGAUACAACGACCGGCUGUCCAAGGUGACAGUCGUCGACUGCCGCUACCCGUACGAGUAUGAGGGCGGCCACAUCCAGGAUGCUGUCAACCUCUACACUAAAGACGCGGUCAACGAGCUCCUAAAAACGCCGGUGACGCCAGAGAAACGCCACGUGUUAAUCUUCCACUGUGAAUUCUCCUCCGAACGGGGACCUAAAAUGUACAGGUUCUUGAGAUCGCAGGACCGCGCGCUGAACCAACACAACUACCCGGCGCUCAACUUCCCAGAAGUUUACCUCCUCCAUGGCGGAUACAAGGCAUUCUACGAGACACAACAGAAAUUGUGCACACCUGUCGGCUAUAUGCCCAUGCUGCACGACGACCACGCAGCCGACCUACGUCACUUUCGGGUAAAGUCCAAGUCGUGGACGGCAGGAGACAAGCAAGUGACGAGUAGAAGAUAUCGUAGCAGAAUCGCAAGAUUACACAUUGAUCUUUAA